UACAUGCAGAAAGUUUGCCUGAAUCAUUCUCCAAGAUGCAAUUAGAAAAUGUAAUUGAGACAGGAACUUCAGAGGGCUUUGAAAUGUCUAUAGUGGGUUCCCUGAGAAGCACAGAGCCAGUAGCUCCUCCGAUGGGUCAACCAGGGGGUCAAUCCCAGGUGAUGAAUGUUCAUCCAGCCAGCCAGAUAUCCAAUCGGUCAAGUCAAGGAGCUCUGAGGAAAAGGCCAGUAGGAAGUGUUCAGUCUGAUCCAGAUGUUUCACCACAUCAGAAGCAGCGUAUUCAACAGCCCAUUGACAAGCCUCCAGCUAAUGCUAAGUCUCCUACCACCAGUGGCCAAGUCGGAAGUGGCGAGCAUGUAGGACAUCCAUCAGAUGAUGGAUCCCUCGAACCCAGAGCUCCUCCAAGCAGUAUCUCUCCAAUUAAUACAAGCUGCCCUCCUUCCGCCAGUGGCCAAGUCGGAAUGGGCCAUGUAGGACAUCCAUCAGAUGAUGGAUCCCUCGAACCCAGAGCUCCUCCAAGCAGUAUCUCUCCAACUAAUGCUAGCUCCCCUCCUUCCGCCAGUGGCCAAGUCGGAAUGGGCCAUGUAGGACAUCCAUCAGAUGAUGGAUCCCUCGAACCCAGAGCUCCUCCAAGCAGUAUCUCUCCAAUUAAUGCUAGCUCCCCUCCUUCCGCCAGUGGCCAAGUCGGAAGGGGCCAUGUAGGCGCUGUUGGUCAGUAUGUAGAACAUCCAUCAGAUGAGGAAUCCCUCAAAUCCAGAGCUCCUCCAACCAGUAUCCAAAGAAAUGAUGGGAUAGGAUCACUCAAGUCCAACUUACCUGAACAGCCUUUCAAUGUGCAACCUGAGUCAACGACUGGAUCGGCACAACCACCAGAUCCUCUGCAGCAGAGAUCUCGCAUGCAACAGCCUUCGGGUGAUCAGUCAGUGGAACCACAAGCUUCUGGCAUUCAAGAUGAUGAUGAUAGUGGGGGACUCUGGCUCAUGAGUACACCACCAGAUUCUUCACAGUCAUCUAGACAGCCCUUCAAAUUCAAUGCGCAGCAAGAGUCUGUGCAGUCACGGGGUCGACCUGGCCACCCAACGCAAGCCUGGCCUGAGUCAACCACAUCCAACCAAUUUGGCAAAAAGAGUCCUCAGCAUUCUUUAGUCAGUAACACGUCUGUUUCAUUCACAUCAAGUAGCAUAGGAUAUGCCUCAGGUGGGGGGUCUAUGAAUAUCAAGCAAUGUCAAGAAAACAUCCAAAUAAUUGAAGAAACAGGUAAUAUGUCUCUUGAAAAUAUUAAUGAGCUUUUUUCACCUAAAGAUAGUCUGAAAGAUGGCAUAUCAAUGAGCGGAUGUUCUUCAGCUGACAUUGAUGGCAUCACAGGUGAUCUUUCUGAGAUGAAUUUAGAAUAUAUGAGUGCUCCAGUAAACAAAGAGAAAAGAGAAGAUGAGAAAGAGAAGGAUGAUGAUGACGAGAAGGAAAAGUGUGAGAUGGAGUUUGAAUCGGAGGACGAAGAAGAAGAAAUUCAGAACAUGCCAGAAGCUACAAUUAGUGCAAGCGACAUCGAGUCAAAUGUUCUUGAUGAUGAAAACAUCUAUCAUGAUGAGAAAAAGGAGGAAAUGCCAGAUGCUGACGUGGGCAGAUUUGAAGCCAGUGAAGGGUCCUGGCCAGCUCUUGAGGUUGCACAACAGUUGAGUGACGAGAAGGCCAAGAAAGAAGAGGAAGAGGCGAAAAUAGAGUAUGACCCGACCACAGGCAUAGAGAAAGUAUUGUUCGAAAAGAUGAAGGAACAUCCAGAAAGUCUUUCGCCAGAGGAACAUGACCUCAUCAAGAAGCAAAUGAUGCAACAUCUGCAGAAGAAAGCAAAUCCAAUGAAGAAGAAUGAGCCUGAGAUUCCAUUUGAUCAAGAGGGCCUGCUAUCUGAAUAUCAGAAAGAGCUGGGGGUCCCUGGACUCCUGGGCUUCAACUACAUCAUAUGCGCACCCAGUCGGACCGGGAAGGUCUUGACCGCCGCCAUGGUCUGUAAUCAUCAGAGGAAAGUUGGCCUCAUGAAGGAGGACAAGAAACCCUUCAAAUGUCUCUUUGUCACCCCUGGGGAUUGCGUCAAGGAACGCCACCGCAGAGCCUUUCAAGCAGUCUUCCCUCAGGGUUCCGUAGUUGCCCUGGACAACACCUCCAAGUUCCGGGAGGUCUUUGACCAGCCUUCCGUCUGCGUUGUGAUGCUUACAGGCGUAAGGCUUAGUGUUGCCCUGGAUGAUGGAGACCUGAAAUUUGUAGAGGUCCAUACCAUGGUUGUCGACGAAUGCCACCUCGUCACGAACGAUCAUCCAGGAUUUGGUGAUGUUAUCAAGCAAUAUUUACUGGAGAAAAAGCUUAUCCUGGCCAGCAAAGCACCAAAGGGAGCCUGGACCUUAGGGAAACCUUACGGUGGAAUCUCCCGUGUAAUUGGUUUGACUCCUCAUCUUGGUGCAGGAAUGCGGCAGUUCUCCAAGGACAACAUCGUCCAGCAGUGUGGCCUCCUGGACAGCAAGGGCAUCCGGCGGAUUGAGGACGUAGAUAAUCUGACCGAUCUCCUAGACACCAACAAGCCACCCGAGAUGGACACCAUGCUCCUGACGGUUCCAUCAAGAUCCUCAUCCUCUGUCAAAGGCACCUUCAGAUCUGUGGUGGAGAAAAUCAUGAGUGCGAUUGAAGAGAAGUUCUCCAUUCUGCCUGAGACAGGAGGAGAGGGCGAGGAGAAGAAGCUAGCCCACCCUCCGUACGGAACCACGGCGUACACGGACUGGAUCGUCCGUCUGUACAAGGAGUCGAGGCUAUGCCGGGACGAGGGGAAGUACGCCCCAGCGAUGUUCCUGGUGAAGCUGAAUGAGGUAUUGAUGGUGAACGAAGACCUGCGCCCCAAGGAGGCCAUGACGCAGCUCAAGGAGGUGGAGAAGCUUAAGACGGACCAUGCUUUCAAUGGAUCAUCAGGAAGUAGAUGUUAUAGAAUGGUCAAUGAGCAGAUACCGGAGCUAAAACGCUUGUCACAGACGGACCAUGCUGGCCUUACACCCAAGCUGACGUGCCUGACUCAGAAACUAGCAAAGAUCUACGGGGAUGACCGAAAUGCCCUAGGCCUAGUGAUCUGCCGAUGCCCAGCUGUUGCCAAGUACCUGUCCAAGAUCAUCAGCGAGAGCAACAUCACCUUGAAUAAGGGUAUCCAUCCAAUUCACCUGGAGGAGAUAGGAGAGUGUGAGGAUGAUGGGGAGGAGAGUCAGAAACUCGCUCAGCAAAGGGUUAUCUUGGAAGACUUUAAAAGUGACGGGCAUUACAAUUUGGUGAUCAGCACGGACUUUGAGCAGGUAGAUCUAGAGCUACCCGACUGCCACUUUGUGAUCCGGUACAACGUUGUGUGCGAAGAGGCCGGCACCAUCCAUUGGUCAGGCAGAAAGAAGACCAAGAAAGGCUCUUGCUUCUUCAUCACAGAGAGCGGAACAAGGAUCUGCAGACAGGAGGAGACGAAGAGGGAAGCGUUGCAGGAACUCGAGAAACACCUCAAGGUUCUCAAUGACAUGGAUGCCAAGCACUGGUAUGACAUCGUCGAGAACAAACAGUUCGCUUGCCUGAGAAGCGUCGCCCAACGUGACUUCGUGGUCAGCUUCCAACGCUUCAAUCGACGAGCGGCGGACUACACCCUCGUGUGCCGGAACUGUCGUAAGUUCAUCUGCAACGCCCACUUCCUGCUGAAGCGAGGCACCCACGUGUCCUGCCAGGACUCGUCUAUCAAGGAACGCUUGAGCAUCGCCGGACUGACCACACCCAUCAGAGGCAGUGAUGAUGAUACGACUGGUGUCCUAAAGUGCACUGGGCAGAAGGACGGGCAGCCUUGCCAGAACAAGCUGGGACUCGCCAUCGACUUCAAGAGGCUGGAGAUCGAGGAGGGGUACGGGCUGGACGCCAAGGGGUUCUUCUUCAGCUACCUCGAGGGACUGCAUGCCGAUUACGUCGGUAAGGAGUUCGACCAGUGGGACGACAUCGACUUCUUCAUCUACUUGGAGGACAGGAGCGACAGACGAAGAAGCGGAGGAGGAGGAGGAGGAGGGGAUGACGAUGAUGACGGGAUGGAUGAUGAUAAUCAAGGUGGAGGAUCGGCGGAUGGAGGGGAUUGUAAGAAGAAGGAGAGCGGAGCAUCGAAUGUAGGGAGUGGAGGAGGAGGGGGAAGGACGCAGACGAGAGAAAGAGCCAGAGGGGAGGAGAUGGAGACGGAGAAUACACCAGAGAGUAGACAGAGAAGACCAAAUCAAGAUAAGAAUGUAGAUCGCUAAGUAGUCAACAUUCAAUAUAGGAGGAUAAAAGAAUGAAUAUGUAUGAGAAGAAUUCUUAUAUGAAGUAUAAGAAGGAACAUGUAUGAGAAGAAUUCUUGUAUGAAGUAUAAGAAGGAAUAUGUAUGAGAAGAAAUCUUAUAUGAAGUAUAAGAAGGAAUAUGUAUGAGAAGAAAUCUUAUAUGAAGUAAAAGAAGGAAUAUGUAUGAGAAGAAUUCUUAUAUGAAGUGUGAAAGAAUGAAUAUGUAUGAGAAGAAUCAAUAUGUAUGAGAAGAAUGAAUAUAU